AUGACAGAAUAUACUCCCGAUUCCUUCAAAGUUCUGCUUGGAAAACUCGUCAAGACUCCCGAGUAUUUCACUCCAGAAGACCUUAAAUUUGCACUCCAUCAUCUGUUUACCCCCAAUGCUGUCCUUCCCGCACAAAUAGGUGCAUUCCUCACUGCCCUCCACAUAGGAAGAGUAGAAAGACGCCCAGAGUCUCUCGCUGCAGCUGCUGAAGUUCUAAGAGCGCGCGCGUUACAAGCAGACAUCGAAGAUGGAGACACGGAUUUCGUUGUCGAUAUCGUUGGAACUGGAGGAGAUGGUCACAAUACGUUCAACGUCAGUACCACAGCAGCCGUCGUUGCUGCAGGCGCAGGUGCUCGAGUAAUCAAGCAUGGAAGCAGGGCUUCCACGUCUUCAUCUGGAUCGGCAGAUCUUUUACAAUCCCUCGAUUGUUCAUUUGCUGCCCCUACACUAGGCAUUCCCUUCCCCAUAUCUAAGGUGCCAUUCACUUUCAUCCUCGCCCCUCAUUACCAUCCUGCACUCGCUAUGAUUGCACCAUACCGCAAGUCCUUACCCUUCAGAACGCUCUUCAAUGUCCUUGGACCCCUUAUAAACCCUGCAUGUCCACGAGGAAUGGUUUUAGGCGUAGCUGAGCGUGAACUUGGUUCUACGUUCGCUCAGUCCCUCCGUGACGGCGGCGUCGAGCGCGCUCUCGUGGUAUGCGGAGCCGAAGGACUUGAUGAGAUUAGCUGUGCCGGCGACACGUACGCGUGGCAAUUGGAGGAUGGCAAAAUUACGGAAAUUCGUUUGCACCCACACCUUUUCGGACUUGGCAUCCAUCCACUCACAUCCGUAGCUGGCGGAACACCGACAGAGAAUGCAGGGACAUUCAGGGCGCUCCUGAACUCGGGUAAUGACAUACCGGAGUCGCUGAUACCCGUUCUGCACUUUGUAUUGUUGAAUGCAUCGGCGCUUUUGGUUGUUGCAGGCUUGGCUUCGGACUUCAAAGAAGGGGUUGCGCUAGCGAUGGAUAGCAUAACGUCUGGACGUGCAUGGGAUGCCCUUGUGGCGUUUCAGGUUGCAGGUAGAGAGGCAGUGAAGGAGACAAGCGGACCUCAAAACGGCAGAACUUGA